CGAAGGUUCUCAAAGGACGCGAGGUAAGAGGGAAACCGCGGUCGCGUUUUGACUCGGUGCAACAAGGCCGAACCCGUAGUUGCCGCCGGUUUGCGUCACCGAUCGACGUCGCUCCGCUCUGCCAUUCCCUUCGAAUCUAUUUCCUUCCUUUUAUAACAUUUUAAAAUCUCCAACAGAAUAAUGGAACGGCUGGAAAAUAGUGAAAAUAGUGUUUGAUUGAAGGGAUUGUUGAAAUUUUCGUGACCGUUUCGAGAGAUAAUCUUCUCGAAACUCUGACGCUUUUGCUUCGCCGCGGAUAGGAAGCGGAAGGAUCGUCGAUGGUGCACGCGUCACGUGAUCAGUGGCUCGUAGAUAAGACUCUUCUCGUCGCCAAGAUUUAAUCGCUUGUAAAAGAAAGAAAGAAUCCAUUACUCGUGUAUACAACAACGAAUUCAUACGUACCUGUCUCGUUUUUUAAUUUCACUUUCAACAAUUUCAUUGGAAACGAAAUCCAACGAUUGUUCUCCCUCCCCAGAAAAAUGUCUGAAUCUCGUUCCAAAAUUACUAUAGUCGAGUAAUUUUUCAAAUUUUUCAAAAUCUUUUUCAAACAAAUUAAUUAAUAAUUAAAGAAUAAACUUUUGAAUUCGAAACCGUGGGGAUUUGCGCGGCUCGAUUCGAGGAAAGGCGACAAAAACGAAACGUACGGUCGAAAGGUAGCCGCGAAUGGCGGAGCUCGGUUAUUACCCGGCCGCGAUCGCGUUGUCGAGGUUAAAAUCUCUCGACAUCGGCAUCGUUUCCUUUUGAUCCGACCUUUUUCCCCGAAUUCGGCCAAUCGUUCUCGAUCGAAAACCAAUUUUUCCCCUCCACACCCCUUCACUCUUCGCGGUGUGAACGCAAGUGAACGCGAAAAUUCCCUAGGAAAAUUGACACGCAGGACGAAUAAUAAUAAUGCCGCAGCGGAACGAGUCGAAUGGGAUCGACGACGGCGUCGUGACGGUUGUCGGGUUGUUGAGGGACGACGACGAGGCGAGGGACAUCCUGUUGGAGAGGAGGGGUACGGUGGAGAACGGGGGGAUCGAUGUUGGAAAGCGCCGCGACGGGAUGCCGGAACUCAAGGACGAUCGGGAUCAACCGUUGGACGACGAGGAGGUGUGCCUGGACCUUGGAGAACCGUCGCCGGAAGUGAUUGAUUACGCGAGGCGGGAGCUCGGGGAGACGGACGACGUGAAGUGUAGGACUCUUCAGGAACUGAGGGAUAUGAUUUAUGAGAGAGGGGAGUGCCUGCCGCGCAGGAUGGACGACGAUUUUUUGAUCAGAUUUUUGAGAACGAGGAAUUUCAACGUUAAUCGGGCACAUCGAUUGAUCGUGAAUUACUGCAACUUCAAAGAGGAACAUCCGGAGAUCCACCAGGAUAUAAGGCCGCUCGAGAUGAAGUACAUCGGCGACGACGACGUCGUUUCCGUACCCCCGUACAGGACCCAAUGCGGAAGGAGGAUAAUGAUAUAUCGUUUGGGGAAUUGGGAUCCAAGGAAGUAUUCCGUGGAGGAGAUCUUCAAGGCGACCAUCAUUAUUCUCGAGCUCGGCGUCCUGGAGCCGAGGGCCCAGAUCCUCGGCGGAACCGUGAUAUUCGAUUUGGAGGGCAUCACCAUGGCCCACGCAUGGACCAUCACUCCCCAGGUUGCCAAUAUGGUGAUAGCCCUGAUGGUGUCUGCGUUCCCGAUGAAGACUCACGCGAUACACAUCCUCCACCAAUCCUGGGUGUUCGACGUGAUGUUCUCAGUGUUCAAACCUCUCCUCGACGCGAGGAUGCAGAAGAAGAUAUUCUUCCACGGCGGGAACAUGGACAGCCUUCACAAGCACAUCUCACCCUUCCAUCUGCCGAAGAGGUACGGGGGAAUCAGGGAGGAGUUGCCCUAUUACAAGUGGAUCGACAACCUCAGCAAAGUGCCCCAGAUCGUGAAAGAGAUGAAGCAGCUCGGCUACAUCGUGCCCGAGGAGAUACUCGAACAGUUGGGCCAAUUGGUCGAGGAUUGAAAUUUAGAGGAUCUCCCCCCCCUCUCCCCUCCCCUCCCCUCCACUCCCCCCUAUGUCACGAUAUUAAAUAUCCCUUCUUCUUCUUCUUGAUCAAUACAUGUAACCCAUACACGACGUGUCACGGCAAAAAAACCAAGGGCACAGCUUCGAUUCGAUUCACUCGAACAAGGGAUUUGAGGGUUCGCUCGUUCAGGAACAAACGUUCUAUAUUGUUAUUAUUAUUCCUCUUCGUUUGUUCGUUUUUCUUUUCUUUUUUUUUAUCUUUCCCCCCCCCCCCC